AUGUGCUCGUUUCGUUUUGCUGUUCUCCCAGUGUUCGAUCAACGCCUGAAAAGUGCAUCGGUGACUGGGAGUCUCCUUCCCCACAUGCGAGGGGCAUCAAAGUGGCUUUCGAAAUUCCGAGCUGCGCGUGAAGGCGUCGCGCGCUGCAGGCGGAAGCGGACGCCUCCUCCCGUGAAGGCAUCGCGCGCUAUUUCCCGGCUCUCCAAACACGCUCGCCUCCCACUCGGCGACUCGGUCGCGGCCGCUGCGGUCAUGCUCGUGCAAAAGGUGCGCCUGUACGUCCGAACCGGCUUCAUGUUACUCUACGUGCUGUGUUUGAACGUCGUCCUGCGCGCCGUGCACUUGAUUUCGCCAGCCUUGGCCAAGGAGGCGAUCCUGAAGAUGAACGAAAGGACCACGAUGAACAAGAAUCCCAGUUUCACGUACGACGACUGGGGCCCCACGUUCCUGACCCACACGUUCGUCAAAACGGCCGCGGCGCACAUGUGGGCGUCGCUGGGACAGAAGGCGUUCGUGGGGGAACGAGCUCCGGACUCGCCCGUGGUCUCCAUGGACGAGCAGCAGAGCAGCAUCUGCAACUUCUUCAACGGUUCGAGGCCUCUGGUGUUGAGCUUCGGAAGUUGCUCCUGACCGCCGUUCAUGUUCAAGCUGGACCUGUUCAAGCAGCUCGUCCGGGACUUCGGCGACGUGGCCGACUUUCUGGUGGUCUACAUCGAGGAGGCCCACUCAACCGACGGCUGGGCCUUCACCAACAACAUUCAAGUCCGGAAGCACCGGAGCUUGGAGGACAGGAUGGCGGCGGCGCAGAUCCUCAUCAGGGAGGAUCCGCUCUGCCCCGUGGUGGUGGACCAAAUGAGCAACACGGCGUCCACGGAGUACGGCGCGCUGCCCGAGAGGCUCUACGUGCUGCGCGAGGGCAAAGUCCUCUACAAGGGAGGCAUGGGGCCUUGGGGCUACAGCCCGCUGGAGGUGCGCUCGGUGCUGGAGAAGAUGAAGUAGGAAGGAAAACGCCUCUCUGCCCAGCAGACUCCCUAUUCAGCCAGGUCACUAAUACUUACAUAGCACCACUUAACUCAUCGUUUUUUUUUUUUCAUCGUUCACCAGCCGGCGGGCCCCCCCCCCCCCCCCCCCCCCGGCGACGCACGCACGCACACGCUCAAAAACACUCGCGUGAUGACUGAGCUGGCUCGUCUCGGCUCGUCUGUGUUUCUUGGUGAUGGCUGCAGAUUAAACCGCGCGGACUCUGUGCCCUGAUAAAGUGAAACGCAGACUUUGGAGAUCAGCUCUCAGCUAUGACGAAGUGUUCCUAAGCGUGAUAACGUAGACUCGCGGUGCGCAACAAAUUUCAAUGCGUUUCUGGAAGGGGUUCUUCAACUUUUUGAGUCCUUCCAGGCGACACAUUUCUCCAAGAACGCCUUCACGAGCCUAACGGCAAUUUCACAUAGCAACUACGCUAAAUGUCACAAGAAUCCGACUGUUGUCUAUUUUCCAGAAAAAAAGCCGACGUUACGAUGACAAUUUUUUUUAAGAAAACAGUUGUAAUGUUGUAAGAAUAAAGUUCUAUUUUCCGUCAAGAAAAAAAGUUAUCUUUAAUCUUAAAGACCUUUUUUGGCAGGAUGAAAAAAAACUCAAUCCUACCAGAUUAAAAUAAUCCUUUUUUUUUCUAGGAUUCAGUUAAAAUAUGAUGAUGAUGAUGUAAAGUGAAAUGAAUGAGUGAAUUUCAAAAUGCAACGUUUUAAAAAAAAUUUCAUGAAAAGACACCUGCUAAAAAAAAAAAAAAAGUCUUUUUUUUUUUAUUAUUAUUGUAAUAUUAGGCCUUUUCUUCCCAAAACCACAAGUUUAUUAAUGCAGGGACGCCAGAUUUGACACCGGAACGGAACAGGAAGUCGGCCAUUUUGAUUUGAAGGAGCCAGUUCUCACUCGGUAGCAACUCGCAGAAAGUUCGGGGAAAAAUAAAAUAAAAUGUAACUCUGGGUACCAGUUUCGCAGAUCGACCCAAAACUGGCGGGACGUGCGUAUCGUAACGGUGCACAAAAACAUCUCAAGCACGCGUGUCCGGAAUUGUACAGGAAGUCAGCCAUUUUGUCUUGUAGCAGCCGUUUCGGAGAAUUCCAGUGCUCGUACAUUGACCGACUCCCGACGGUAUGACAGUAAAGCACAUUAUUAUUUUUUGAUGAAGAUGUCAAACUUUAGUGAUUGACUUGCAUUCCUGAACAGAAAAACAAGUUUUGGGGUUUGAUUCAUUUCCGACGUGUAUAAUUUGGGUAUAAAAAGGGGCUUCCGGUUUAAAAAAAACCCAAAACAAAAUCCCUAAUUUCUGCUCCAAAUUGUUUGUCAAGAGCUCACGGAUAUUGAAAUAGUUCCCAUUAAAUGCUUUCUUUUUUCUUUUUUUUAAAUAAAUGACCAUUGGUCUAAUAAAGGUGUUGAAGAUUGUGACAUUGGGCCUCUCCAAAUUGCCUUCAUUGAUUUGACAUUUUCAGGAAUGACUGAUUUUUGUCAUUGGGGAUGUUGCGAAUUGGCAAUUAGCAUCAAAUCAAAAGAUGUGCCAAAUCUUUUCACACUCGGCCGCUUUUUACAUGACAAUUGCGGCGCAAACCUCCGGUAGCCGUAAUUUGAAGGCUUAAAAGUUGAGCCGUCUGUGAUGGAUGUUGGCUAUCUUACGUCGAAUACGUUUUGUAUUGCUGUCUCACAAUAAAGGAUUUGGUUUCCAGUUUCA